AUGACUAUAUUUAUAAGUUCAACGAAUGUGCCAUUGGGAUAUAUAGUACCGCAAUUCCCAUCGUUAUUCUGGCCAGUGGGUUCAACAAGACCAUCAUAUUUGAAUUCAUAUUUGUAUUAUUCCUGGGAUAUAUGGAGAUUCACCGUGUUUUGGUCGCUUCUUCUAUCUGGAUCAUUUUACUUGAUUGUCGGUAUAAUUGCCUCUAUGAGUAGUUUUACAAAUAAAUUUAGACAUAACCUAAAGUUUGGGAAACGAGAUAUGUUAGCGUGUGUAUUUAUUGUUGUGUUUUACGUAUUUGCAGGACUACUAAAAGGGUUUAUUGGUGGUGCUAUUAUUGGAGUAAUCAUAGCUGCUAUUUAUCAAGCAGGAUCAUUGACAAUGAGUACAUGGAUACCGUUAACCUGGGCUAUGAUACAAGUACUUUAUGAUAUUGUUUCGUCAUAUCUGACAAGUCAAAUCAUUCUUUAA